CGCAACGAUUUCUUUAUUCAAACGCGUCACACACCUUAAUAUGAGUUCAAAACUUCAGCUGAAAACACAGCAAUUGACUCAGCUCUGUCAAGAACAUUUGUCUAGUCCUCAAAUUGUCUCCAGUCAACUACUUAAAGCCAUCCAGCAACUUACCAAAAGAGGUUUGGUGUAUUCUGCUCGAUGGUGUGCUGAGCUAGCCUUCUCUCUUGAAAGCAAAUCACAAGAACGGACAAAAGUUUCGAUCAAUUUAUAUAAUGAAAAUGAAUUAGAGCAAAAAGAGUGUACCGCUUUUCUUUUAGGAAGGAGAUAUUUUGACUGUCGCGAAUAUCGAAGAUGUGCGGAGUGCUUGAAGAACCUGGAAAAUGAGACUAGUGUUUUUUUAAGAUGUUAUUCGCUUUUCUUAGCAAGUGAGAAGGAACGUUUAGAUAGUUCCAUCCAGAGUAUCAAAGCGUUGCAAACUCGCCAACUUGAACCAAUUUUGUCAGAAAUUUGCCAUUUUGAAAAAUCUCAAAAUGGAAUGCUGAGUGGUUUCUUAUGUUAUCUUUGCGGCAUCAUAUCCAGGAACUUGGACCGUAGAAAGCAAGCGAUUUCAUUUUUCAUUCGUGCAGUUGUUCAGUUUCCAUUUCUAUUCGAUGCGUGGAAAGAAUUAUCACAUUUGGUUUCCGUUGAAGAAGAAGAAGAAUCUUUGAAUGCAUCGUUGCCACAACAUUGGAUGACUGCGGUAUAUUACGCCAUGUUAUUUAUGGAACGAAGAGAAUAUGAAGAUGCUUUACAACUUCUAAAUGUAUUGCUAUCAUACUUUCCAAAGAAUACCUUCUUACUGAGUCAAAUUGCUUAUCUUUAUUAUGAUCGACGAGAUUUUGAUGAAUCUGCUCUCUAUUAUGAAGAAAUGAGAAGGAAUGAUCCGCAAUGUAUUGAUGGUAUGGAUAUUUAUUCCAAUAUUUUGUACGUAAGAGAACAACAAGCAGAGUUGAGCAUGCUGGCGCAUCAUUGUAUUUUGGUAGAAAAAUAUCGACCAGAAACUUGCACUGUUGUUGGCAAUUAUUAUUCACUUCGUGGAGAUCAUGAGAAAGCGGUUAUCUACUUUGAGCGAGCCUUGAAACUGAAUCCUCAUUAUGUAUCUGCGUUAACUUUGAUUGGACAUGAAUAUGUAGAGAUGAAGAAUACUUCGAAAGCUAUUGAAGCUUAUCGCAAAGCGGUAGAUAUUCAACCAAAAGAUUUUCGAGCGUGGUAUGGUUUGGGUCAAGCUUAUGAACUUUUACGAAUGCCAAGUUAUUCUCUUUAUUAUUAUCGAAAGGCAGCAUCAUUACGUCCAUUUGAUUCCCGUAUGUGGUGUGCUAUGGGGCUUUGUUUAGAAGAAUUUGGUAAACUUCAAGAUGCCUUGACUUGUUAUGAAAGGGCUUUAAAAUGCGAGGAUCGAGAAGUGGUUGUAUUUCGUAGAAUUGCACAUCUUUAUGAUCAAAUGGGAGACUCGGAGAAGGCGCAUUCGUUUUAUUUGAAAGAGCUGGAACUUCGAGAAGAAGAUGGAUUGGAUGGUUCAGAAACUGCAGAGGCUUUAGGAUGCAGAAAAUUAUUGUUCUAGAUUAGUCGACUUUCCAGGAACUGAAAGAGAUCAAGCUAGAGAUCUUUUAAAGGA